AGAGUUUACAAAGGUCUAGGAUGACAUCUGGUGUGUUGACUGUGGCCAGUCUUAAAGCUAGUUUUUGCUAUUUGGAACGUGCUGCUGUAAUUCAGAUUUAAAGAGUUUCUUCCUGUUAAUUCGAAGCUCACUGUGCCUCUUGUUUCCGAGGGAAGAAGGACUGAUUAAGUCAUCUAAAUGGAUGCAAUACUGAGUUACAGGUCAGAAGAUACUGAAGAUUACUACACAUUACUGGGAUGUGAUGAACUAUCUUCGGUUGAACAAAUCCUGGCAGAAUUUAAAGUCAGAGCUCUGGAAUGUCACCCAGACAAGCAUCCUGAAAACCCCAAAGCUGUGGAGACUUUUCAGAAACUGCAGAAGGCAAAGGAGAUUCUGACCAAUGAAGAGAGUCGAGCCCGCUAUGACCACUGGCGAAGGAGCCAGAUGUCGAUGCCAUUCCAGCAGUGGGAAGCUUUGAAUGACUCAGUGAAGACGUCAAUGCAUUGGGCUGUCAGAGGUAAAAAAGACCUGAUGCUGGAAGAAUCUGACAAGACUCAUACCAACAAGAUUGAAAAUGAGCAAUGGAAUGAGCAAAGAGAAAGAAAGAAAGAGGAGCUGGCUUCAACCACAGAGAAAAUGGAGCAGAAAGAACCCAAGCCCCUGGAGAAGUCAGUCUCCCCGCAAAAUUCAGAUUCUUCAAGUUUUUCAGAUGUGAAUGGUUGGCACCUUCGUUUCCGCUGGUCCAAGGAUGCUCCCUCAGAACUCCUGAGGAAGUUCAGAAACUAUGAAAUAUGAAAUAUCUCUGCUUCAAAAAUGAGGAAGAGCAAGACUGUCCCCUAUGCUGCCAACAUGCAGUCUUUGUUUAUGUCUUAAAAAUGUCAUUUUUAUGUCAUGUCUGUGAAUUGCUGAGUACUAAUUGAUUCCUCCAUCCUUGAAUCAGUUCUUAUAAUGCUUUUUAAAUGAGAAAAAUUCAGAAGACGAAUUUCUUCCAAUAUUUGAAUAAAUUAAAGCUCUUAGAUACAGAGUAGAUUGUAUUAUAUGCUUUUUCCUAUUAAUACUACUUAUAGAAAUCCAUUAAAAAUCAAUCUCUGUACAGUGUAUUUAAAUAUUUCAUUGACAUACUGUGAUCUCUAUUAGUGAUGGAUGUAUAAAAAAUGUUUUCUUACCCUUGACUUACAAUGAGAUGUGAAAUUACUUGUCUGAACCCCGUGGAGAGAAAUAAAUAAUUUUCCCAAAGUU